GAGGGCCGAGAUGGCGGACGUGAGGGCUACGUGCCCGCGGCCAUGGCGGAGGGGCCGAGCGCGGCGGGGAGGAGAAGGAAGAUGAGGCUGAGGAGGGUGCUGGAGCUGAAGGAGCGCCUGGGCCGCGCGGAGCAGCCCGCGGAGAUUCUAAAAGCACUUGAGGUACUACAGGAUUUGGAUAUAUCGCUGGAUAUUCUAGUGGAAACUGGCAUAGGCAAAACAGUGAACAGCUUUAGGAAACAUGCCACUGCUGGGAAUGUAGCUAAAUCCCUGGUGAAGCGAUGGAAAAAACUUAUUCCUCCAGAAAAUAAAAGUGAUCACAGAGGAAGAAAAAAUACUGAAAAAGAAAAAGAUGAGACAAAAUCUUCUGUUUCCAAAGGAACUAAGCCUUCAGAUAAGUCCAAAGCAUCUGUAUUGGCCUCCAAAAGCUCCAAUAGCUCUCCCCUUUCUAAAAAGUUGAAUAAGCAGCAUACUUGUAUUGAAAAAAAGCACCGAAAUACAGGUUCUGAGUCUCAAAAAGGAUGUGAUAGUAAAGAAUGUAGCAGCAGUGGUUCUAAACAUGGUUCCCAGGGUACUGAUCCUCAAGCUAAAGAAAGGGACUUGAAAGAGAGAGCCUCCAAGGGCAGCAAGGAAGGCUCAGAAAAGAGGCGUUCCUGUGUAGCCAGUAAGGAUGUAUCCCCCACGAAGGAAAGGCCUAGUAAGGAUGCUCCCAAACAGGGAGAUCCUAAGCACGUGAAGAAACCAAAACAAAAGCUCGUCACGGGAAGCAAAGCUAAAUUACCUAGCGAUGAGGAAUUUGAGCCCCCUACUAUGUCUUUUGAAUCUUAUCUUAAUUAUGAUCAGGUUACAAAAAAAAGAAAGAGGAGAGCUUGCUCUACAGGUGAAUGUCCAAAGAAGCGCAGCGAACAGAAGAGUAGCUCAAUACCGCAAAAGACUUCAAAACUUUGUCACGCGGAUGAGGGAGAAGAGAAGAUCCAAAACUGUGAGGGUGAUCAGUCAGAAACUCCCAGUAAAAAGACCAAGGUGGCGUCCCUCCAAGAUCUUCUUAAUACUCCACUGCCUAAAUUUCUGCCAAGCAUUUUAAUCUCAUCUCCCCCAUAUGCUGCUGACUUUAAGGCGCCUGUUGUGGAAGCACCCCAGCAAGUCAGCGAACCAGUUCAAUUCACGGGACGGAGACUGAACUCUAAAAUGCAGGUUUACUCCGGGUCUAAACCAGUCUGUCUUCCAAAGAUGCUUACACUGUAUGAGCAGUGCAUCCGAGUGCUUCAGAAUAAUAUUGAUUCACUACAUGAAGUAGGAGGUGUGCCCUUUGAAAUUCUUGAGCCUGUGCUAACACGCUGCACACCAGAGCAGUUGUUUCGAAUAGAGGAAUGUAAUCCGACAUUUACAGAAGUGUCUGACCACUUGUGGAAGAAACACUGCCAGAGGGAUUUUAAAAAUGAGAGCCUCCUGGAAUAUGAAUCUUGGCGUGAAAUGUACUUGAGACUCUUCAAUGAGAGGGAAGAGAAACUGAAGACGCUUACAAAAAACAUUCUUUCAGCUCAGUCUGAGAAACCAAAAGGUCGGCAAGUGAAAAUGGCUUACAUGACUAGUGCAGCAAAACCACCCAGGAAUAUUCGCCGAAAACAAGAAAUCCAUGGGACAGCAGGACCUGUCACCCAGCUUCAUCCCACGGAGAAGUGCAAAACACGGAUUCCAGAAAGCAGAGACAGAAACAGUAAUUCAUCAAAUCCGAAUGCUCCUAGCAACAGUGGAAGCUCUAGCUCAAGUGGAACAACUCAAGAUGGAAAGAAGUCUAUCAAAAAAAUUGCGCCAAUCAUGAGGAAAACUUUGAAAGCACUGAAGAGUAGAGCAGGACGACGAUGAAACGAGGAUGCAUAUUGGAAGCUUACGUGAAUAUUUGUAUA